UGUAAUGUUAGUGCAGUCCAAUUUACAGGCUGGAGCAGCAGCUGCAUCCUGCAUUCCCCUGAAGUGUUACAUGCUUUCCGCUCUUUGCAGACUUUGUCAUCUUUUUAGGCAGAAAGUCGGAGAUCAAUAUGCAAAGUGAGCAUGCAGCCACCAGUACCUCAUCUAUUUUGUGGUUUCUUCUGUCCUGCGUGCUUGUCGGGAAGUCCCACACUGAAGAAGAGACCUUAGUUACAACCAGUAGUGGAAAAGUCAGAGGGAUGAACGUGCCAGUUCUUAGUGGCACAGUCACUGCCUUCCUUGGAAUUCCCUACGCACAACCACCUGUUGGUAGUCUUAGAUUCAAAAAGCCACAACCUCUGAACAAGUGGUCUGAAAUUUGGAAUGCUACAAAAUAUGCAAAUUCUUGCCAUCAAAACAUAGAUCAAAGUUUCCCAGGUUUCCAAGGAUCAGAGAUGUGGAAUCCAAACACAGACCUCAGUGAAGACUGUUUAUAUCUUAAUGUGUGGAUUCCAUCACCGAAGCCAAAAAAUGCUACUGUGAUGAUCUGGAUCUAUGGUGGUGGUUUUCAAACUGGGACGUCCUCUUUAUAUGUUUAUGAUGGCAAGUUUCUGGCUCUGGUUGAGAGAGUUAUUGUGGUUUCAAUGAACUACAGAGUGGGUGCCCUAGGAUUCUUAGCUUUACCAGGAAAUUCUGAGGCUCCAGGAAACUUGGGUCUAUUUGACCAACAGUUGGCACUUCAGUGGGUCCAGAACAAUAUUGCAGCGUUUGGUGGGAACCCUAGAAGUGUCACUCUCUUUGGAGAAAGUGCAGGAGCAGCUUCGGUUGGGCUUCAUUUGCUUUCUUCUAAAAGCCAUCCCCUAUUCACCAGAGCCAUUCUGCAAAGUGGGUCCCCUAGUGCACCCUGGGCAGUAAUGUCUCCUUAUGAAGUUAGGAACAGAACAUUGACAUUGGCUAAAUUUAUUGGCUGUUCCAAAGACAUUGAGACUGAGACAAUCAAAUGCCUUCAAAGUAAAGAUCCUCAGGAAAUUCUUCUGAAUGAAGUAUUUGUUCUCCCUUACGAUACUCUCCUGUCAGUAAAUUUUGGUCCAACUGUAGAUGGUGAUUUUCUAACUGACAUGCCAGAGAAUUUACUGCAACUUGGACAAUUAAAAAAAACCCAGAUCUUGGUGGGUGUGAAUAAAGAUGAAGGGACAGCUUUUCUAGUAUAUGGUGCUCCCGGUUUUAGCAAAGAUAAUAACAGUAUUAUAAAUAGAAGGGAAUUUCAAGAAGGUUUAAAAAUAUGCUUUCCAGGAGUGAGUGAAUUUGGAAGGGAAUCAAUCCUUUUCCAUUAUGCAGACUGGCUAGAUGACCAGAGACCUGAAAACUACCGAGAAGCCUUGGAUGACGUUGUUGGGGACUAUAAUAUUAUAUGCCCUGCUCUGCAGUUUACCAAAACCUUCUCAGAUUUGGGAAAUCAUGCCUUUUUCUACUCUUUUGAACACCGAUCCUCCAAACUUCCUUGGCCCGAGUGGAUGGGAGUUAUGCAUGGCUAUGAAAUUGAAUUUGUCUUUGGUUUACCUCUGGAAAGAAGAAGUCAUUACACAAAAGCAGAAGAAAUUUUGAGUAGAUCCAUAAUGAAACACUGGGCAAAUUUUGCAAAAUAUGGGCACCCAGAUGGUACACAGAGAAAUAGCACAGGAUGGCCGGUCUUCAAAAGCACUGAACAAAAAUACUUGACCUUGAACACAGAAUCAUCAAGAAUAUGCACUAAACUACGUGCUCAACAAUGCCAAUUUUGGACACUAUUUUUCCCCAGAGUCUUGGAAAUGACAGGAAAUAUCGAUGAAGCUGAACGAGAGUGGAAAGCAGGAUUCUAUCGCUGGAACAAUUACAUGAUGGACUGGAAAAAUCAAUUUAACGAUUACACGAGCAAGAAACAAAGCUGUACUGGCCUCUAAUUAAUAGAUUUGCCCUUUAUAUAGAAUGUUCAUUUUCCUGAAGAUGAAGGUAAAAAUAUUAGUUGCUCUCUAUGCACCUUCAAAGAAAGCUAUUAUAUAGCUGUAACAAAAAAUCCAGAAGGGUAAUAUUGAUUCCACACAUUUUUCAUUUAGUAUUUUAUCUGAAAUUUCAAAGCCCAAACAACUACAAUAUGUUUAAUUAAAUUAACAAUAUUAAGUUUGACAGUUAAUUAUAUACAUACUAAAAUGAUUUGCUGCUUCUAUUUCUUUCCUGAAUAAUUUUAAAUUUUUUCCUAAAAUAUAUGUAUUCUGUUUUCAGUCACAUAUGUAUUUUCAUUACCAUUCAUGUAAAGGUAUGUUUUAACACUUGAAACAUCGGGCCCUAUACUCUACAAUAUUAUUUCUUCUAACAAACAUCAAUUUAACAUCAAUGUAUAAUAUUAAAAUACACACAAGAAAAAUAAUCCCUUUUUAUGUAAAGGCAAAAGACAAUGUUAAAAUAAGAGGCUCAGUCUCUAGGAAACAUCUUAUAAUAAAAGCUACUGCUGACAGACACAAUCAAGGACUUUCUGUGUAAAUUGAAAAACAAACUUACUGGUUAUCCAAGGUGGGAAAAUUAGUUCCUAAGAUUAUUGUGUAUAAGUAGGACUUGUCACAUGAAGUAGGAUACAGGUGUUUUAAACACAUUAGUUUUGUUUUCCUAAUUAUUGAUCUCACAAAGUAUUUUUCAAGGGCCUUUAAUGCUAUGGAAAGUACCUGUGUCAUGUAUCAGGAGAUUCCAUAUCAAAACAAGACUCAAGUUAUUCAGAUAAACAUAUUGGAAGCCUGAAAGAGGCCUUUGACACCAUGACUGUAAUGUAAAAUGGAAAGCUUGACAAUUUGUUCACCUUUUGAGUGGUUGUUCCUUGUUAGGAAGAGGGAAGAACUACAAAGCAAAAUUGUCCAUUUGUGAACAGCACUUAUCAAAACUGACUUGGCUUUUAUCACAACUAUCUUUAAAGUACCAUGAACUCUUGGGCUCUCUGAGUGAUGAUCACUUAAAAGUGUGUCUAGAUGUAGAAGUCUAACUCAGGAACCUCAAUACCAAGAGAGAAAUGUGUGUGAAGUGACAGAAAUCAGUGUAUAACUUCUUAGAAAUUUCCAUUUCAACAGGCUCAGAAGUGGGAAAAAAAAAGGUUUGCCAGUUAAAAUAUUGACAAUGUGCAAAUAUUAAAAUCUCAAAACAGCAUAAAGACCUCUCCAGAGGGCAAAGUAUGAGGAAAUAGAAUUACGGCAUAAAUAUGAAAAGCCAUAGGAGCUAUCAUUUAAUUUUGAUAAAAUGAGUUAGUACAUGUCUCAAAGUUAUAAGUAAUCGUGUCCAAAGUUCCAACAUAAUGAGUGCAGUAAAUCCAACUACUGUCAGGAUAUUAGCUCCAUCAAUUUUUAGCAUACUGAUGCAUAUUUGAUGGUUUAUUAUUGAAAAUAUAAGGGUUAAAUUAACAAAUCAUUUAUCUUUAAAAUACCAUUAUAAC